AUGAGUGUUAUGGGAGAAAUGAAUUUCUUUUUGGGUUUGCAGGUUCAUCAGUGUGAGAAAGGGAUCUUCAUUCAUCAGACAAAGUACGUUGGGGAUAUCUUAAAGCGAUUUCAGAUGGAAGACUCGAAGCCUGCGGGAACUCCUUUGGCUCAGAAUCAUGGAAUUACUCCUGAUGGUACCGAUGAACAUGUGGAACCUUCUCUCUAUCGUGCUAUGAUCGGAUCUCUCAUGUAUCUUACCGCUUCAAGGCCCGAUAUUAUGAGACUAGAUUUGUACCCAAAUGGAAACAAUGAGGAAAACGGGGCCAACCACAUUGCUUUAUAUGUGGUAAUAUGUGACACUGAGAGUUGCCCAAAAGGGUGGGAGGUCUGUGUUGAUGUUUGUUUUUUUUAUGCGAAUGGGCAUAGGACAAGGUUCCAUGAGAAUAAGACGACAUGGGGUUUUGACAAACUAAUAUCAUUGGAGUCUUUUAUGGAGGGUAAAAACGGGUACCUUUAUGAUGAUUCCUGUGUGUUUGGAGCUGAGGUUUUUGAAGUCCAUGAGUUUACACAACUAGAUCGGUGCCUAUCGAUGAAGAAGCCUCCAGCAACGAUGAAUACUCAUAGUUGGACAAUUAAUAAAGUUUCAGCUAUAACAGAGGACGAAGUGUAUUCACAGGUCUUUAAAGUUGGAAAAGUCAAGUGGAAAUUAUCACUCUUUCCCAAAGGAUUCGACUCAGCUGCGUUUCCUAAUGAUUGGAAAGUUUAUGCAAAAUUCAAGAUUCGGGUUAAAAGUCAGGCUACCGAAAAUGAUAUAGAGAAAGAAACUGAUAAUUGGUUCUGCAACUCCGUUGACAAUUGGGGUUUUCCAACUAUGAUGAUAUUGAGUCAACUCAAUGACUCUGAAAAUGGCUUCUUGUUGAAUGAUAACCUUACGGUUGAAGUAGAGAUUUUAGUAAUGGGGAUGCUCAAAUAUUUCGUUUGAAGCCUGGUGUUUUUGGUUUCACUACUCAGUGGCUAUGUGUUCUCCAUCUUUAUGCUGUUGAGUCAACUCAUUAUCUCAGAAAAUGGCUUCUUGUUGAACGAUAAUCUUAUU